GGUAGCACGUUCACCCGGAGCUCUGCAGCGGCGGACCAUACGGCGCACAGCGGUAACGGCCUGUUUAGUGUAACCUUGUGGAGAUAAAGCAUCGGUUCACCUCUUUAGUCUGGGAUUUAGUUCGGGAUUCAUUCUAAUAGUAUAAAGCUGUCGACAUGUCGCUCGCUGCCGAAGCCUUCGUGUCCCAGAUAGCAGCUGUUGAGCCCUGGCCGGAAAAUGCCACUUUGUACCAACCGCUGAAGGAUGAUCAGAUCCUGCUCUCGGAUUGUGCCUCAUCUCUGGCCGUUCAGACCUACCUGAGGAUGUGUGGCCUUCCAGUCCAAGUUGCUUGCAAGGCCAACGCAGAGUAUAUGUCCCCCUCUGGGAAGGUUCCAUUUGUACAUGUUGGGAACCAGGUGGUGUCUGAACUGGGACCCAUUGUCCAGUUUACUAAAGCCAAGGGCCAUUCUCUCAGUGACGGCCUUGAUGAUGUCCAGAGAGCAGAGAUGAAAGCGUACAUGGAGCUGGUCCACAACAUGCUGCUGACUGCAGAGUUGUACGUCCAGUGGUGUGAUGAUUCUACAGCUGCUGAGAUCUCUCGGCCCAGAUACAGCAGUCCGUACUCAUGGCCACUGAACCACAUCCUGGCCUACCAGAAGCAGUGGGACGUCCGCAGGAAGAUGAAGGCUAUUGGCUGGGGAGGAAAGUGCCUGGAACAGGUGUAUGAGGAUGUGAGCCAGUGUUGUCAGGCGCUGUCCCAGAGGCUGGGAACUCAGCCAUACUUCUUCAACAAACAACGUUCCUGGUUGUUCCACGCCCACAUCAAUCUGAAGUAGACUGAACCGCGAGGACAAAGGGAUUGUUGCCGGGCAGCGCUUAGGCACCUCUGCCUCCUGCAGCGCCGAGGCGGUGGUCCCUCGGCAGCGGGAAGCGGGGCUCAAGCAGGAGAAAUUCACGGCCAACAAUUCAAAGCCAAAGUUCCUUUCCCCCAAUUCAUUCUCAUCCAUGGCUGAGAUAAUCCCCACUACGAGUCUCGUUGUGGAAAUACCAGAGACGAGAGUCCGACGUGUUAUGCGCCAUAACACCAAAAGCAGAACGGUUAUCCAAAUAACAAGGAAGUGUACAACACUUGUGUUACAGUCCUGGAGCUCUAUAUCUAAAUAAUAUCAUAUAAUACAUAGAUAUCUAUAUCAUAUCAUACAUAUUAUCAUGGCCAAAAGCCUGGUGCGCCUCCAGACGAUAUUAUGAAUCACAAACGACUUCGUCGGGUUCUCCGACGUCUCUGGUUCUUCCACUUCCACAUCAAUCUGAAGUAGACUGAACCGUGCGCUGCCUGCUGACGGCUGCCUGCUGACGGCUGCCUGCUGACGGCUGCCUGCUGCCGGCUGCCUGCUGCCGGCUGCCCGCUGCCGGGCAGUGGUGCUUCGCGGCGGUGGUGCCUCGUGGCAACCGGCGGCAUGUCGCAGUUCAUGUACUCCAGGGAGUCAAAGCCAAAGUUCCUCUCACCCAAUUCCUUCUCAACCAUGGCUGAGAUAACCCCCAGUACAGUCUCGUUGUGGAAAUACAAGACGUCAAAGAACCGACAGCAAACACUUGCGUUACAGUGUGUGUAAUCACACACACACACACAUGUGGCGCUCGCACGGUCGUGUCUCAUUGGCGGGUCAAAUUCUUUGGGCGGGCAAGACAGAGAAAGGGGAGGAUAGAUCCUUUAUGACGACAUAUGGGACCACAUUCCAUUCCCCUUGAGCCUCCGUUUUCUUCAAAGGCGAGCAGAACACCUAGUUCUCAUUUUACACCGAACGCAAGUUUUAGCCACUGGGGGACCAUAGGCAGGCUAGGGGAACUCAUAUUUAUGUUAGAAAACCUCAUAAAGUGAGAUUUUCAUGCCAUGGGACCUUUAAUAGGCCUACUAGCACAAUAAAUAACAGGUCAUAGUAUCAGUACAACAGGCUUGUUAAAAGAAAGUUUACUGCACACAACGGCUGCCACAUAUUAUAUGCUAACUGGACUUCAACGUUCCCGCCUAGCGCCAAUAGCCCUAAGAUUCUGGGACACUCUAAUCUUUGCACUAGCCUAUUUUAGUAAUCACACAAUAACUUAAAUUAAAUUUAAAUGUACAUUAAUACAUAUUUAUAAUAAUACAUAUUUUCAAUUUGUAUAAUAAAAAAUAUUCCUGGUAAAAUGAACGUUAAAAAAAAAAGUAUCUUAUUUUGCUUUUCGACUGACCACCUGCAGUACCGUGACAGACCACUGGUGGUCCGUGGACCACUGGUGGUCCGCGGACUGCACUUUGGGAAUAACACAACUCUGCAUCAGUUGCGUGCUGCUUCACAAAUACUCUUCCUUGUUGUUCCUUGUAUGUUGUCUCGCUGGCUUAAAGGGCCGCUCUGGAAAUGGGGCGUGUCUUAGGAAAAUGGUAGUCUCCCCGGAAGUAGUUGUUCUUGUGCAAUCGGAAAAAAGUGUGCAGUCGGAAUAACGUGUGUGUGUGUGUGUGUGUGUG